AUGCCCCAGAAAGCACUCAAAGUUACGAAAAAGACCAAGGAUCCCAGAAGGGUGACAAAAAAGCAGAAGAAUCUGCGUGCUGCUGCCCCUCUUCAAAUCAAAUCAAAAAAGAAGUCUCUCGCUCAUAUGAAAAAACUUAAUAGAGCUUCUUCGCUCACGGAGGCCACUGAAAAGCUGAUAGCUAGCCGAGUAGGUCACUUGGAGCUUCUCAAAGGCACCAGGAAGGAGCUCGCGGGCCAGGGCAGCAAGGGCAAGAAAUAG